GAUAGAUGCUCGGCUCAUUGGUGUGAAUGAUUGUGUGUAUAUAACAAUAAUUAUUUUCCUAGUUUCCAACAAGUGUAUUUUAUGAGGGCCCUCUAGCUAUAGUACAGAUGAGUCCUGAAAUUAGCUGUUAGCUAUAGUACAGAUGAGUCCUGAAAUUAGCUGUUGGAUUACUCCAUAUCACAAGAUAAAUCACAACCAGCAACAAAUUCGAAAAACACCAGAAGAUGUUUAUCACUUGCUAAAUUGGAUCCAAAAACAGAACACACAGUACUGUAAACUUUGUUUUUAACAUUUGUAUCCAUCAAAGAUUGUGUUUUAUGCUACUUUUGGUCCUAAACUAUGAUCAUACAUACAAGCGCAAGAUCAGGCUGAUACAUGCUUGAGUUUAGAUAGCUUUAAGACUCGAUACAUCCAGCAUUGUAUUCUUGAAAUGCCAAUAUCUGAUGUUUCUAGUGAUCUUACUAUAGAAGUCGGAUCAGCCAGUUUUGCUCUUCACAAGUUUCCUCUGGUAUCUCGAAGUGGAAGAAUUAGAAAGCUGCUGCUGGACGCGAAGGAUACAAAGAUUUCAAGACUCAAUCUAACUGGUCUUCCUGGUGGAUCUGAUGCAUUUGAACUUGCUGCAAAGUUCUGCUAUGGAGUGAACGUUGAGAUAACCAUAUCAAACGUGGCGUUACUAAGAUGUGCAGCCAAGUUCAUGGAAAUGACAGAAGACAUCUCCGAGAAAAACCUGGAAACUCGUACAGAGGUAUUCCUUAAGGAUAUUGUAUUCCCACACAUAUCCAACUCGAUAUCUGUUCUUCAUCGCUGUGAAACAUUACUACCGGUUUCUGAAGAAGUCAAUCUUGUUAGUCGUUUAAUUAAUGCAAUUGCAAGCAAUGCCUGUAAAGAACAGCUAACAUCUGGUUUGUCAAAGCUGGAGUAUAACUUCCCACCCAAACCUGUUCAAUGCCUUGAUUCUGAGACGCCAUCAGACUGGUGGGGAAAAUCACUCGCGGUGCUAAAUCUUGAUUUCUUUCAGAGAGUUCUGUCUGCAGUAAAAACAAAAGGUCUUAAACAAGACAUUAUAAGCAGAAUUUUGAUAAAUUAUGCCCAAAAUUCUCUUCAGGGGAUCUUCAUUAAGGAUCCUCAGUUGGUUAAAGGAAGUUACUUGGAUUUGGAUUUGCAAAAAAGACAAAGGAUCAUCGUCGAGACAAUAGCUAGCUUACUACCAACACAAUCCAGGAAAAGCACAGUGCCAAUGGCUUUUCUUUCAAGUUUGUUAAAAUCUGCAAUAGCAGCAUCAGCUUCUACUUCAUGCAGAUCUGAUCUAGAGAGGCGCAUCGGUCUUCAGCUAGAUCAGGCAAUUCUUGAAGACAUUCUCAUACCUGCAAAUCCACAUGGAAACAAUCACAGCCCUCUCUAUGACAUAGAUUCUAUAUUGAGGAUCUUUUCCUUUUUCUUGAAUUUGGAUGAGGAUGAUGAAGAGGACAAUCCACUAAGAGAUGAGAGUGAAAUGGUUUACGACUUUGAUAGUCCUGGAUCUCCCAAACAUAGCUCAAUCGUUAAGGUGUCGAAAUUAUUGGACAACUAUCUGGCAGAAGUUGCGCUAGAUUCGAACCUAACAGCAUCGAAGUAUAUAGCACUUGCAGAGUUACUCCCAGACCACGCACGUCUAGUUUAUGAUGGAUUAUAUCGAGCUGUAGAUAUUUUCCUCAAGGUUCAUCCAAACAUUAAGGACUCUGAACGCUAUAGACUCUGUAAAUCUAUUGACUGUCAGAAACUAUCUCAAGAAGCUUGCAGUCACGCAGCUCAAAAUGAACGGUUACCUGUGCAAAUGGCGGUCCAAGUGCUAUACUUUGAACAAAUCAGACUGAGAAACGCGAUGAACGGAGGGCAUAAUCAGUUCUUUGGGAUGAAUAAUCAGUUCCCUCAGCGUUCAGGCAGUGGAGCAGGAAGUGGAUGCAUCUCUCCAAGAGAUAACUAUGCAUCAGUAAGGAGAGAAAACAGAGAACUGAAGCUCGAGGUUGCAAGAAUGAGAAUGAGGCUUACAGAUUUAGAGAAAGAUCACGUAUCCAUGAAACAGGAACUAGUAAAGUCACAUCCUGCUAACAAGUUAUUCAAGUCAUUCACCAAGAAACUAAGCAAGCUCAAUGCACUAUUCAGAAUAAGAGAUUUAAAGCCAAUAGUGGGGAAAGCUAACUCAGAAAGUCGAUUACUUUUUCAGAAGAGAAGGCGUCGUUCAGUGUCUUGAUGUUGUACUCUAGUGUGAAUAAGAAAAGAAUAUAUAGUGUUGAGUUUGAUGGAUGUUGAUGUGUUGAGUGAAGUUCUUUCUUGCAUUGUCUUUUGAUUGUAACCUUGAAAGAAGAUACUCACUCAAACUUCUACUUUAAAGGUAUAUAAACAAGUGUGAGUUUUUUAUA